GUUCCCCGAGCUCUAGAAAAAACACCUUCAACUCCCUCAAUGUUAAAACUCCACAAUUAAGCAGGCACGAGGGGGGAAGAGAGAGGGGGCGAGAGGAGAGAGGGGGAAAAAAAAGAAAAGAAAAGAACGAACAACAACUCACACACGGGGAAGACAAAAACCCGCCGCUUCCGUAAUUUUUACGCACCAAUCGUGUAGAAACCAAUAACGGAAUACAAGGAGGCAGACAGAUUCAGUCAAUACUUCAAUACUGGUAUGAGGCGAGAAUGAGUAGCGCAGAAGACAGCGGGAGCAAGUGCUCGUCGGGCCCGAUUUCCAGCUUCACCAUCCAGUCGAUUCUAGGCACGCCGUCCGAUGCGCCGCGCUCCGGGACCAAAGAGCUCUCCAAGGGGCCGCCGCCGCCGCCGCGGAGGCGCUCACUGUCCGUGUCAUCGGAGGAGGAGUGCAGCGGCGGGGAGGACUCGGCGGACUGCUUCUGCUCCGACACGGGUCACAGCGAGCCGUGCAGCCAGCACCAGAACUUCUCAUGUUUAGGUCCCGCUAAAGGACUCCUGUCAGGGAGCGACGCGCUGGCGCGGCGGCCGCACCUGCCGCAGCCUCUGCUGCAGGAUUACAAGGAGGAGCGGGAGAGACCGUGCCAUCAAAUGUCGCCUCUGUCCGAGGAGAGACAGACGGACGGUGCGGACAAGCAGGGCAACUCGGCCAAGAAGAAGACGCGCACGGUUUUCUCCCGGAGUCAGGUGUACCAGCUGGAGUCCACCUUCGACAUGAAGCGCUACCUGAGCAGCUCGGAGCGGGCCUGCUUAGCCUCCAGCCUGCAGCUGACGGAGACUCAGGUCAAGACGUGGUUUCAGAACAGGAGGAACAAAUGGAAACGGCAGCUAUCGGCCGAGCUGGAGGCGGCCAACAUGGCUCACGCCUCCGCACAGACUCUAGUGGGGAUGCCGCUGGUUUUCAGAGAUAACUCCUUACUGCGCGUCCCGGUGCCCCGCUCUAUCGCCUUCCCGACGCCGCUGUAUUACCCCGGGAGCAACCUGCCAGCGUUACCUUUAUACAACCUGUACAACAAGAUCGAGUACUGAUUGACUCUGCUGUAUGUCCACAACCUGCAGUCCACGUUUAAAAAAAAAAGAAAAGAAAAAAACAAUACAACAUGCUCAUAAGUGUCUCCACAUAACCGCUGUAUAUUAAUUGUAUCACUUUAUUUGUUGAGGAAAUUCUUAUUAUGCAGCAACUGUGCGUCUCACAAGAAAAGCAAUCAAGCUUCCCUUAAAUGUAUAAAAAUACACCAUGUGUAUAAUUAAUUAUAAUAAUUUUUUGUACUUAUUAUUUUCCUCCCCCUUCCUCCCUCCUUGAAGAGAAACGAUGGAGUUCAAGCAUUCAUAUCACAUCCACCCUUGUUUUAUUUUUAUUUUUUUUAUUAUUGAUGAUUGCUUUGUUGGAAAUAUUUAAAGCAUCCACGUUUUUAUUUCACCUGACAGGAAAAGAAAAACAACAACAACAACAUAAUUAUUCCAUUUAAAAGGGAAAACACCAUUGUUUCUAUUGUAAUUUAGACCUUCAAUAAUAACCUUCUCAUUCAAUAAAUUUUCUAUUUCAGUGAAAA